AUUCCUGUAAUACAUACUCAGAAUAUCAUUCAUUAAAUACGAUCGAUGGCGAAUCAGAACCGUAAUCAUGUUGCAAUACGCAUUGAAAACAUACUGGACAAUGCAGUGUCUCCCCUUACAACUAAAUGUUGCAUCUAUAGGAUUCCCCAUGGAAUACGCAAUUUAAAUAGUGAUGCAUACACUCCGAAGGUUGUUUCAAUAGGCCCUUUUCACCAUGGUAAUCCCACACUGAGAAACAUGGAAAGCCACAAACUGAAAUACUGCAAAGAAUUCAGAGAACGAGUUCAGACAAACUUUGACGAUUUGGUCACUCUUGUGCGAGACUUAGAACCAGAGUUUCGUCUUUAUUACUCUGAGGACAUUCAACUUAGCAGGGAGGAACUUGUCAAACUGAUAUUGGUGGAUUCCUGUUUCAUAUUUGAGCUUUUCUUAACUUUUGAGUCAACAGAUGAUGAUGGUAUCCCAUUCAAACGUUGGUUGAAAAGUAGUAUAGCAUAUGAUUUGUUUUUACUUGAGAAUCAACUUCCUUUUAAUGUUCUUGAUAAGCUCUACAAUCUAGCUUCUCCUUCGCCUGAUUUCCCUUCAUUUUUGGUUCUCACUUUUCAUCGUUUUACUGAACCUGACUCACCUUAUAGAGAUUCUCCUCCUAGCAUAAAACACUUCACAGAUAUGUCAAGAAUCUUUUACUUACCACCAUCUCCUUAUAUACUACCUCCAAGGGAGGAUGAACUACUAACACACCUUCACAGUGCAACUGAGUUAAAAGAAGCAGGAAUAAAGUUUAGGAAGAGAGAAAGCGAUUUAAUAGACUUGAGUUUUUCACAAAGUUGUCUUGAAAUCCCAAAUUUGACUGUGGAGGAUGAUACUGAAAUUCAGUUUCGGAAUAUGAUUGCUUUGGAGCAAUUCCACUACCCCAAUGAAUCCUACAUCACUGAUUAUGUUGUAUUCCUCGAUUACCUCAUCAACACAAGCAAUGAUGUGGAUAUUCUGGUUAAAAAGGGAAUAAUCACUUGCAUGUUAGGUGAUAAGAAUGCGGUAGCUGAAUUGUUCAAUGGUCUCAUUCCAAUUGCUGUUAUAAAAGUUAUUAGUAUUUUUGUCAUUAAAAGAUAUUUUUGA